AUGUCUUCUUCGUUCUUACGAGUCCCACUCAAUAAGAAAACGCAUUUGCUUAGUUACUUCAGCAUUUCAAUACUACCUUCUGAGAUUCUUUCCUCCUCGUAUUCGUUCGUUUUGGUGCAAAUUUUGACUUCGAUUAACGUGUUCCAUUCAUCUCUACGUGCAUCUUGUACAGAUGAUGCUCUCAAUCCAAUUAUGAUCCAUGCAUAUUACCGAACUAUGUGGGUGUACGAUCAUCAUCCCUCUCACUCUCUCUCUGUCUUUCUCUCCCAUCCCGUUCUAAGUAGUGCAGGAAACUACAUUUUGAAAAAAGUGUUUGUUCUAAGAUUACUUCCUGUCUAG